AUGUCAGCUGUCAACGACACCAAAUUCAACCAUGCAGUGUUCCUUCUCAGUGGGAUAUCUGGGCAGGAAGACGUCCGUCUCUGGAUCUCCGUCCCCUUCUGCUUAAUAUAUGCUAUUUCAAUAGUAGGAAAUUCCUUCAUUCUGUUCAUUAUAAAAACUGAUGCAAGUCUCCAUGAGCCCAUGUACAUUUUCCUUUCCAUGUUGGCUCUCACAGACCUUGGCUUAUUGAUAACCACCAUGCCGACGAUACUGGGUGUACUCUGGUUUAACUCUGGGGAGAUCAGCCUUGAUUCCUGUUUUUCCCAGCUGUUCUUCAUCCACUCCCUUCAAUUCAUUGAAUCCUCCAUACUUCUGUCGAUGGCCUUUGACCGCUUUGUCGCAAUCCGUGACCCACUGAGGUAUUCUUCCAUCUUAACUUUGCCGAGAAUAGCCAAGAUGGGACUGGUGUGCGUGCUAAGAUCGGUGGCUGUAAUAUUCCCACUUCCCUUUCUUGUGAAACGGUUCCAAUACUGUCGAGCCAAUGUCCUCUCCCAUUCCUACUGCCUGCACCAGGAGGUCAUGAAGUUGGCUUGUGCGGACAUCACAGUCAACAACAUCUAUGGAUUGCUUAUUACCCUUUUAACGGUGGGGUUGGACUCACUGCUCAUCUUCCUCUCUUACGUGAUGAUCCUCAAAACAGUGCUGGGCAUCGCGUCCCACACGCAAUCUCUCCGGGCCCUGAACACCUGCGUCUCCCACCUCUGUGCCGUCCUGCUCUACUAUAUACCAGAGUUCUGCCUGACUGUGAUACACAGAUUUGGGAAGGGCUCUUCUCCUUUACUUCAGAUUCUCCUGGGCUAUGUCUACCUAUUGUUCCCACCUCUACUUAAUCCAAUUGUGUACAGUGUAAAAAGCAAACACCUUCGUGCAAGAGUAAUCAAGGUGUUCAUCAAGUGA